ACAUUGGCCAGCGAACUUCUCUAAAAGAGCUAGGUAACCGCGUCUCUGGAAGAUUCAAAAUGGAGGCCAAGCGAUGCUCGUGGGAAACUGACUUGCAAUGGAAGGCAAGAUUGCAAUUUAUUGAAACGUGGAAAGAUCAUUACCCGGACGAUACGUUGUCAGCGUUAUCAAUGGUUUGGGCCAACAUGAAGUUCCUAGGUUGUAGAUAUCCAGCUAAAACAGAGGAAAUUGUGAGUGAACUUGAGUCGAAGGCGGUCAUUUCGAUACCGGAUAAAGCGGUGAGGAAGCGAAAGCCUUUGAUAGAAAAUUUCACGAUAUACGAACCUGAGGAGGGCGAUGAAAGCACGAAAAACAAUCCCGUGAGUAUUCUGAACGAGAGUGCUCAAAAAUCCAAGAAAACGAUAUCUUUUGACGAUCUCGGUAUCAACAGCGACACGGGAUCUUGCUCAUGUGCUGUGACGAUCGCAGACAAAGUGAUUGCUGUGGGCGAAGGGAUAGGAAAAAAGCAGGCGAAACGAAACGCCGCUGGAAAUGCUUUAGCUAUUCUCCGUCCUCGUCAGCCGGUUAUACGCGUUGGAUCGCGAUCACAUGAAUCCGCACCGUGUGUAUCGAGAACCGAACUAGUGUCGAAAGCUUACGAAAAGGCACCGAGCAUUGCCGAAGAUAACAUCGGCAAUCGAAUACUUCGGAAAAUGGGUUGGACAGGGACUGGAGGGAUUGGUAAAGAAGGCCAAGGUCGAGCUGAGCCUGUCAUGGCGGUUGGUACAGAUGGGAAGUUUGGUUUGGGCUGUGACCCUACCCAAGGGGCGGGGGUGAAAAAAACUUCUGUUCAAGAUGUUCUUGUGUCGUUUAUUAGUGGUCCUGAUCGAGAGAUAAAAUUUUCUAACGACCUGUCCAAAGAGGACAGAGCUCUUGUACAUAAGGUUUCACAACAGUAUGGAUUGAAACAUAGGUCAUACGGUAAAGGUGAUGAUAGGUACUUAGUAGUUGGCAAGGAUUAAUAGACAAAGAGCUUGGAGGGACCUCGCCCCCAGGAUUUUACGCGGCCAUUUUUUUCUUGUAGUUUUCUUUCACGUCACGCAC